UCCAACCUCUGGUGAAACGCCUCUUCUAGACUCCAUUGUAUUUAUAAGUACAGAAAAUUCUGAAUGCCCACAGUGGUUUCACCUGUGCUCAAUCAGUUGUUCCUCCUUUUUGCUACCCGAAAACCACUAUUUCCUUCUCUCCUGCUCUGGGUCCCUGCAGAGACGUGCAUUGACCACAUCAGUUACGCUGCCAAUGCCUCCAGAAGUCUCCCUCACUGCUGCCUGCUGAUUACGCCCACACCACAGCGACUGCUGCCCAAAAUGACUGUCCCAAAGCUACUAAUGUACAGGGCACUGAUUUGUCUGGAAGGCUGGCUCCAUCUUCCAGAGCUCCCAGCAAAGUCUUUCGCCCUUGCCCAUGCUGCUGGAACAAAGCUGCCACUUUGCACUCUUAAUAUCCAGGCAAAUUUUAGUGAAUUUCCCGCACUUUCUUUCUUUUUUUCUUCUGUUAUUUAUAUUCCCACACCAGGCCUUUUGGCCAAGGACUUCUUAGGAGCUAAGCCAAAUAUCCAAGUGGCAGAUAUGGCGUGGUUCUCACAAUCUCUUCUCCCUCUCCAACCUCAGACCUGUGUCCUCAAGUCAUCCUCUGGCACUUGGGAUGAGUCUUUUCAUAGGCUCCCCUUGGUCCUUCACUCAACCUUAAAGGACUCACCUCUCUUAUCUUGCAAAGAUGUCCAGAUCGGCUGGUUCCUAAGUGCACACAACAUCCCUGGAUAUAGAAAUAUUAGAAACUUCAAGACAACUAGAACUGAUUUGCUCAGGAGCCCUGUGGGGGGACAUUCAUUGUGGGAUUCAAAGGGGACUGCUGCCCCCUUUAACCUGAGCCGGGAACAGGAAGUGCCACAGCUCCACUGCCCAGUUCUGCAAAUCUUCUGGCUUGUUGUUUGGCGCUGGAAGAGAGAUGCAGCAGAGAAAUGCCACAGAAAGGGGAGCUGGAGAGAAUCAAAGCAUGAGAGGAAUUCAACCUGCUGUCGCUGGAACGGGUCCAGAUGGAACGCGUGAGAAGAAACGUGCGUAGCAUCUAGGAGCAAAGACUUGCCCCUGGCUGACAGCUAGUAAGGAAGUGGGAACCUCAGUGCUGCAGCCUCAAAGAAUUGACUUUAACCCACAGCCUGAGUGCGCUUGGAAGCAGAUGCAUUCACAGAUCUUCCAGAAGGGAAUAGAGCCCCGUUGACACCUUGAUUUUAACCGUAUGAGAUCCUAAGCAGGGAAUCCAGAUAUGACGUGCUGUGAGAUAAUACAUGGGCAUUGUUUUAAGCUGCUAAAUUUGUGGUGAUUUCCAAUGACAGCAAUUUAAAAAACUGAUACAAAGCCAGUAACCCAAAUCCUGUAGUCUUCCAUCCUUCACAAUUUCCUCCUGGCACCUCCAAGCACUCAGCAAUUCCAAACAAUUUUUAUCUCCAAAGCAUGGAUUGACCCCAUCUUCUCAUCUCCCCAGAAUUCUACUUUAUCUAUCAUCUGGACCAUCCCAAACUGUACCCCUGUUUUGUUCUGACUUUUGACUCUCAAUCUGUUCUCCAAACCAUAGCCAAUUAUUUACUUAAAAUAUAUAUAUAUAUAAUCAUGGCAUU